AUCAAGAACAGACUGCGAGAAAGAAAGAAUUCGCCCCUCAGCAGCACGCAUAUCCCCUUGAACAUCUCGGCCGGUUUCCCCUUCGUACUAGACGCUAAACGAGCAAGGCCCCACCCACACAUUCGAGGGAAAGAGCUUCCGAAGACAGCUAAUAAUUCAGGGCAUCUUUCACUUCCCAAUCCGAGUACUGCUCGCAAGGUCCCACCUUUUGGCAACGCCGUGUGGCCGCUUCACUCCAGCCGCACAAGCUUUGCCUGCCGCUCCAAGUAGAGCUCGCCAUGGUCGAACGGCGGAGAGACUCGUGCCGGCCGGAGGAAUCGAGCCCGCUCCCGCUCGAAACCUCCCACGUUACAAUCCGACCGGGCUCCAAGCGGCAACAGCCGCAGCAGCAUCACAACGCCGAAGCCCACUCCACCCCGUACUUCCCUAAAUCCCCGUCCUACAAGGCGCGCUUCGGCAUGAAGCCCAACCUGCUUCGAGCGGCUGUCGUGCUGACGCUAAUCGUCGCCGGCAGCGCCGUGGCGCUCUGGUCGCUGGGGCUGUCGUUCCGGAGCGCGCUCCUCGCCAUCCAGCCCCCCUCGUCGCGCAUGGAGAGCUCCGCGCUCGACGGCGCGGGCGCAAGAGGCGGAGGUGACGGGCGCGAUAUAAACGCGCUAUCGGCGGAUCAGCUCGCUAUUGCUCUAAGUCUCCGACAGCUCGGGAAGCCGCGGCGGCCGGUGAAAGGCGCGGCCGACGGCAACGGUGAGUCGGCGGGUAACGCGCGGGAAGCGGAUGCCGCGGCGUCGGCGCGAGCGGCAGAUGAUGGUACGGAGAGGCGCGCAGAUGGCGGGGGCGUAGGACGGAUUCAGGGCGACGCUGGUAACGGUGUUGUGGGGGGCGAGGCGGCAGCAGCGACAACGGGAGAAGAGACAGAGGCAGAGUCUGAUGUAGAGGCGGAAAGAGGGACGGGCGGGGACGGGCACGUGGUGGAGCAGCAAAAGGAGGGUGAUAGCGAGGAAGCGGGUGGUGCAGCGGACGAUGCUGUCGCGCCGCCCGAGGGUGACGUUCCUCCCCCAGAUGAGCCUGCCGUGUACCGCUCGCCCGUGAUUCUCGGCAAACUCCCCAAGCCCGGCACGCGGCGAGCAGUGGCGCUGCGCAACAUUCUGCAGUUCGACGUCAUCGCCGCCAACACCACCUCCGCCGGUGGCCGCUCCAAGUCAUCGACGAUGCUCGUCCCCGCGCGCCCUACCAAGACCUCGGAGCCGCAAGACGGCUUCCAGGCGCUGCGCAAGUGGCUGUCCAAGCGGAAGAAGCGCAUGCUGCGCGACGAGUCCGCCCCCGCCAGCCGCCGCGCGGACAAGGUGCGUCUGGGACUGGUGAACCUCGGCGCGGCGGACUUGAACCGCGCGCGCGCGCAGUUCCCCAAGGCGGUGUUCCGCCCGCUACCGUUCUCCGCACCCCGCGCGGAUUUGAAAUGGGCGGAGCUCUUCCCCGAGUGGAUCGACGAGGAGCGCCCGAAGCCGUGCCCCGCGCUGCCCUGGCCGCGGUGGGCGGGCCCGGGGAACGGCACCGUCAUGUGGCCUGAUAGCGACGACGACAUUAACGGGGAUGACGAAACGAGCGCUGAAGACGAGGCGGGGGAUGGGGAUAGCGGGGAGGGGGGGGAGGGGGAUGGCGCGGCGUGGCGCGUGCGGGAGGAGCAUGAGGUGGACGCGCUGAUCGUGCGCGUGCCGUGCGAGGGGCUGUCCGUGCUGAACGCGUCGUGGGCCAGAGACGUGGCGCGCCACCACCUGCUGCUGCUCGCCGCGUCGGGCCUCGCUGCUCAGGCGCAAGCCACGGACUUCCCCGUGCUGCUGCUGACGCAUUGCCUGCCGCCGCCCAGCAUCUUCCACUGCCGCCACCUCGUCGCAUCCCUCGCGGGGUCCUGGCUCUUCGCCAUCCCCCCCCCCGCCAUGCGCGCGCGCCUGCGGAACGCGCCCGUCGGCACCUGCCAGCUCUACCCCACGCCGCCCCGCCUCCCCCCUUCCGCUGGCAUCGAGACGCCAGCGGCGAGCAUGAAGAAGCAGGCGUGGGCGACGGUGCUGCACUCGAGCGACAAGUACAUCUGCGGCGCGCUCGCGCUGGCGCGGAGCCUGCGGCGCGUGGGCACGCGGCACGAGCUGGUGGCGUUCGUGUCGAAGGAGGUAUCGCAGCGCGCGCAGCGCAGCCUCAAGCUGGCGGGGUGGAAGGUGGUGGCCAUCGGGCGCAUGCGCAGCAGCUUCAAGGCCAGCAGCAACUACUGCAAGUGGAACCACAGCAAGCUGCGGCUGUGGCAGUUCUCGGCGUACAGCAAGCUUGUCUUCCUGGACACGGACAUGCUGGUGCUGCGCAACCUGGACCACCUCUUCGCCAUGCCCGAGCUCACCGCCGUCGCCAACAACCAGUUUCAGUUCAACGGCGGGCUGCUCGUCGUCGACCCAGAACCCUGCACCUUCAGCAUGCUCAAGGACGCGCUCGCGCUCUUCGAAACGUAUAGUGACUGCGAGCAGGGUCUGUUGAAUGAGCUGUACCCGUGGUGGCACCGCCUGCCACGCGCAACCAACUUCCUCAAGUUCGUGUGGUCCAACGACCCUGAGCACCUCGCGCAGCGCCGCGCCACACUAUCCGCACAGCCGCCCAUCGUGGACAUGGUUCACUACUUAGGCGCCAAGCCGUGGUACUGCUACCGCGACUUCGACUGCAACCUGCUGAGCAAGGAGCGGCAGUUUGCGGACGACCUGGCGUUUGACAUGUGGUGGAAGGUGCACGAUGAGAUGAGCGACGAGGAGCAGCAGCAGUGCUGGCUGCCCACGUGGACCAAGGCUGCACUGCGCGCCUCUAUGAAGAAGAUGGAGCUAAUUGGGGAGGAUCCGAGGUUGUGGAAUGUGACGAUAGCGGAUCCAAGGGAUAAUAAGUGCAGGAAGUGGGAAGAGACGUACUCAUGCGACUGGCGAACGAUGCAGUCGGUGCUGGACGAUCCUAAGCACUUCCGCUUCUAGACUUCCAUGUGUGCACAAUGUGUGUUCCCUUUGAAGUCUGAGCUCCUGGCAUUGUGUGGGCAUCAGCUUCCCAGCCAGACUGUGGGCAAAGGUAUGCUUGGUAUACCAUGGCAUGUACACUUGCUAGCUAGCUCUGGUUUGGCUCAUCCAUCUAGUUUUUAGCUCCACCUGUCAAACAUAUUUGUGUAAGUUUAGUAGACUAUAGGGUCUUGCCAUAGAGAGUACAACCCACUACCUAUAUACCCUUGUAUACUCAUUCUAUUCAACACUU